CACCCAGUACUAACAAUAUAUAACAUUAAUGUGUGCUUUGAAUUAGGUUUUAUUAUACAAAUUAUAUAAAUUGUGAAAAAUAUACAAGAAUAAUAGGAAACAUUAUAUAUCCAAAAUGGCCAGCUGUUGAAUUCAAUCAAACACAUACAUGGGCAUGGAUUUAUUUGUCAGGGUAGAGGUCAUGUUUGAUUUGGACUAAAUAAAGCAACAGAUUUCACCACCCAGCUGUUAUUUUUUAAAAACCCAAAGUCAAAUAUAUUCAGGGGAACAAGGCGGAAGCAGACUAAUGGAUUGAAAGUAACAGGUGAUAUGCUAAGGUUUCUGUGACGGUGAAGUCACCUGGGAGAGUGCUCCUCAGCUCCCCUAUAUAAACGCUGAGCAGAUCAAGAGGGGACCAUGAAACAGCUUAAGAAGCCAGAGAGAAAAAGAGAAAACUGCCAUCCCUCUGCUCAGCAGAAAGAACCACAGAGGCUCAAACAAUGAAUAGUGCUCAUUCUUUAGCCGGACUCCUGCUCCUGAUCAUCAUUCAAAGCAGCUGGCAGGUUCCUGACCAGGACACAGACCGACACUCUAUGCUAUUGACUGAAAACUCCAUCCUCAACGAACCCAUUGAGAUCCAAAACAUGAAGAGACAUUCAGAGGGAACAUUUUCCAACGACUACAGCAAAUACCUGGAGACAAGAAGAGCACAAGACUUUGUCCAGUGGCUGAAGAACUCAAAAAGGAAUGGGAGACGCCAUGCAGACGGCACUUACACCAGCGAUGUGAGUUCCUACCUGCAAGACCAGGCAGCCAAGGAGUUUGUGUCCUGGCUGAAGACUGGCCGAGGGAGAAGAGAUUGAAAAGAUCCAGCUUUUGCCAUUUCCCAAAUUAAUGCAACUAUUCUCACUGACUCUGUGCCAUUAUAUGUUUUGCAGUCUGUACUAGACUUUUUUCUUGGUAAGAUGUUAAAUGCCCUCACAAGAAGCCCCGUUGGCCUUAAAUUGCUAAAGGAAAUUUUAAAAUGUGUCAGAUAUGUGUCAGAUGUCUGAUCAAGCGUUCAUGACAUGAUUUAUUCAGGGGUUUUUUUUUU